AGCCGGGAAUGCAGGAUGGCGACGACAAAGAAGGAAGGGGUCGCUCUGAGUGAAGCCAUGUCCCUGGCAGGGGAUGAAUGGGAGCUGAGUAAAGAAAAUGUACAACCCUUACGGCACGGGAGGAUCAUGUCCACACUGCAGGGAGCCUUGGCCCAGCAGGAAUCUGCCUGCAACACUGCUCUUCAGCAGCAGAAGCGGGCAUUCGAAUAUGAAAUCGAUUUAGCUGGAAGUGACCCUCUGGCAUAGUGGGAGUCGUAUAUUAGCUGGACAGAGCAAAACUAUCCUUCAAUGGGGAAGGAGAGAAACCCAUGUCAAGUUAUUAGAAAGAAGCCGUUAGAAGCACUUACAAGAGAAAACUUUACUACAGCAUCCUCGAUUUUCAGUCUCUGGCUUAAAUUGGGGCAUUUAUGCAAUGAGCCUUUGGAUAUGUACAGCUAUCUACACAGCCAGGGGAGCGUUUCACUUGCUCAGUUCUACAUCUCAUGGGCUGAGGAGUAUAAGCUAGGAGAAAAACUCAAGAAAGCAGACGCGGUGUUUCAGGAGGGGAUCAGCGAAAGCUAGCCACUGGACAGGCUACAGUCCCAACACCGACAAUUCCAGGCUCGAGUGUCUCGACAAAGUCUCAUGGCGCUUGAGAAAGAAGAGGAGGAGGAGGAAGGUUUUGGGUCUUCUGUACCACAGCGCAGCACACUAGCUGAACUGAAGAGCAAAGGCAAAAAGACGGCCCGGGCUCCCAUCAGCCGUGUGGGAGGGGCUCUCAAGGCUCCAAGCCGGAAUAGAGGACUCCAGAAUCCAGUCCCUCAGCAGAUGCAAAGUAAUCGUCAAAUUACUGUUUUUGAUGAAAAUGCCGAUAAGGCUUCUAGAGCAGAGUUGUCUAAACCUACAGUCCAGCCGUGGAUGGCACCCCCUGUCCCCAGGGCCAAAGAGAAUGAGCUGCAAGCAGGCCCCUGGAAUUCAGAUAGGCCCUUGGACUACAGGCCUCAUGGCACAUCAGCUUUGCUAACACCUGCACCCCCGGUGCUUCCCAGUUUUACUCCAUAUGUGGAAGAGACUGCACAGCAGCCAGCCAUGACACCUUGUAAAAUUGAACCGAGUAUAAACCACGUUCUAAGCACCAGAAAGCCUGGAAAGGAAGAGGGUGAUCCCCUGCAAAGGGUUCAGAGCCAUCAACAAGAGUCUGAGGAGAAGAAAGAGAAGAUGAUGUAUUGUAAGGAGAAGAUUUAUGCAGGAGUUGGGGAGUUCUCCUUUGAAGAAAUCCGGGCUGAAGUUUUCCGGAAGAAAUUGAAAGAGCGAAGGGAAGCCGAGCUGUUGACCAGUGCAGAGAAGAGAGCAGAGAUGCAGAAACAGAUUGAAGAGAUGGAGAGGAAGCUGAAAGAAAUCCAGACUACUCAGCAAGAAAGAUCAGGUGAUCAGCAAAAAGAGAGGGUGCUUAUAGAGGAGCCAGCCCAACUGCCAAUUGCUUCAGAGUCCCAGGAAAUGCCAGGAAUGGCCCUGUCCAGUUCUGCAUGUCCACUCAACUCUUACCCCAGGGAAGCUUCACUGGCAGAAAACAUUUGGCAAGAUGAGCCUCACUGUGAAGGUGCCAGUGUACCCUUCUCCAUAUUUGAUGAGUUUCUUCUUUCAGAAAAAAAGGAUGAAAGCCCUUCUGCAGAUCCCUCACGGGUUUUAGCCCAACGAAGACCCCUUGCAAUUCUCAAAACUACAGAAAGCAUCACCUCAAAUGAGGAUGUGUCACCAGACCUAUGUGAUGACCUUCUAGGAAUCGAGCCUUUGAGUGAGGAUGCCAUUAUCUCGGGGUUCAGGAAUGUAACCAUUUGCCCUAACCCAGAAGACACCUGUGACUUUGUCAGGGCUGCCCGCCUUGCAUCCACUCCUUUUCAUGAGCUGAUGCCUUCUGGUCCUGUGAGACGGCUGCAGGACGAGGACCUGGAUGCAAAGGCCUGUGAGGACCAGCAGACAUGUGGCACCCUCUACAGUCAGACCCUCAGCACCAAGAAGCUAAGCCCAAUUAUUGAAGACAGUCGUGAAGCACACUCCUCUGGCUUCUCUGGAUCUUCUGUCUCAGCUGCCAGCACUUCCUCCAUCAAAAGUCUUCAAAUUUCAGAGAAACUGGAGCUUACCAGUGAAAGCACAGAAAACUCUUUUCCGUCACCCUGGUGUUCACAGUAUCGUGCACAACUUCUAAAAUCCCUACCAGAGUUCAGUGCUUCUGCAGAGUUUUCUGAGGAAGAUAGAGGAGUGCCUAAGUUGGAAAUAGAGAAGGAAAUUGAAUUAGGUAAUGAGGAUUAUUGUAUUAAACAAGAGUGCCUGACAUGUGAAGACUACAAGUUAUUCUGGGUGGCACCAAGAAACUCUUCAGAGUUAACCUUAAUAAAGGUAUCACCUCAACCUGUCCCAUGGGACUUUUAUAUCCACCUCAAGUUAAAGGAGCGCUUAAAUGAGGAGUCUGGUCAGUUCUGCAGCUGUUAUCAGUACCAGGAUGGCUGUAUUGUUUGGUACCAGUUUAUAAACUGCUCCCCACUCCAGGAUCUGCUCCAACAUAGUGUGUUUAUCACCCAUGAAAUAACAGUGUUGAUUAUUUACAACGUUCUGACACUAGUGGAAAAGCUACACAAAGCAGAAAUAGUUCAUGGAGAUUUGAGCCCCAAAAGUCUAAUUCUAAGAAACAGAAUCCAUGAUCCCUAUGAUUAUAAUAAGAACAGUCAAGCUUUGAAGAUAGUGGACUUUUCCUACAGCGUUGACCUUAGGAUGCAGCAAGACAUUUUUACCCUCACUGGCUUUCGGACUAUUCAGAUCCUGGAAGGACAAAAGAUCCUGGCUAACUGCUCUUCUCCCUACCUGGUCGACCUGUUUGGUAUAGCAGACUUAGCACAUUUACUGUUGUUCAAGGGGCACCUCCAGGUCUUCUGGGAUGGGUCCCUCUGGAAACUUAGCCAAAAUACUUCUGAGCUAAAAGAUGGUGAAUUGUGGAAUAGAUUCUUUGUGCGGAUUCUGAAUGCCCAUGAUGAGUGCACAGUGUCUGUGCUAAGGGACCUCGCAGCAGAGAUGAGUGGGGUUUUUGAUGCCACCUUCCAGAGCCACCUGGACAAAGCCUUAUGGAACAUAGGGAAGUUGGUUAGUCCCGGGGCGUCGCUCCUUCGGCAGGACAGGCAGGCGGGUCUCUCACAGACUCCUACCUAA